AUUCGAGCGACGUCUGUUGCAAUCUAUGGACGCGGGUGGAAAAGCUGUGGAAAAUACUCUACUUACCCCAAACCUCGCGCCACCACGUUGCGUGCGAAAAAGGGGCGUGUGCGUGUCGGUGCCGCAGUUUGUGUGUAUGUGUGUGAGAUCGGAAAAUGUAAUUCCCCAAUAGAGCUCUGAGGGACUUCAUGCAACUUAAAGUACUUAAAGUCAAAGAAGUGCCUUUAUAAUUUAGCGUUUUCCUGUCAUUACUUCCUGCAAUAUUAGUUUAGACCUCAAACAGUUAAACAGACAAGGUACCUUUAAAGACUAACUUAAAGAAGUGCAAAUAGAGAAAAUCUAUUGAUAGCCAAGGAAUUACAUAAAAUAGUAUCCCUAAAGUUCCAAAGACUAGAAUUUGGAUUAAUAAACCGACGAAUUUAAAGAAAAGCAGCGAAAUAUCCGCUGCGUUGGAUAUGAAAUGCGCCAAAAAUGCUGCAGCCAAGUACGAAGUUUACCUUCACCCGAUGUGUGUGACAUGCAAGCAUACGAAAAAUCGAUACUGGAAUCCACAGCUGAAGCAUCAGCAGUUGCAGUGAGGUUCGCCCGGGCCUUCUAACCUAGCCUGGCCAUUGAAGCUACGCAAUAGUGCUGCCCAAAGAGAAGGUCGACUAAGCCCGGUAACCGCCGUAUCUCGAUUGAGUUUGACAUAACCGAAGGCCGCAAUGGUGGAUGCAAAGCCACAGCCACCCCCGGCGGGAGCGGUGCCGGGAACGCCUCCGGCUGGCUUCGCCGGCGAGCGAUCGAAAAUCAAAUUGUUCAUGGAACGGACACCCAGCAUCGGGGCACUCAAGUCCAAGUUCCUCACAGUGCUGGGCAACAGCAACGAGCUGCUCAACGGAAUAUCAAAUAAGUUGACACUGAGCAGUAGCAGCAGUGAUUCCGACUACUGUGACGACGACGAGGAUAUUCCCAAGUUUGACGAGAGCAUCGAUUACACGAAAAUCGACUUUGAGGGACGUCGGGUUAAGGCUCGAAGGGCUCAUGAAGAAAUUAUAUCCGGACGCUAUCGCCAGCCCAACUUAGCACCACGACCCCGUUUGGAGCCAUCUCGUGGUCGCAACCAUGCUGGCAGCAAGCAAGGCGGUCCACCCCGUUCCAGUUCUGGUUCCUCCAGCAGCUCUGGUGGUAGCAGCACAGAUGAAAGCAGCUCCUUGUCACUGCCGGAGCAUCUGGCGGCUCGAUCUCACGACUUAAGUAGCACCACUCGCUCCGACUCCCUUGAGUCGCGGCAUUCCGGCGGAUACGAGCGUGCUCGGGCUAUUGCCGGAGCCCGGCGCAGUGAAAUGGACAUGCAAAAGGACAUGCAGCGCAUUGGGGAGCUGGGCGAGGCCGCCCCACCCCAUAUCGAUGUCCAGCCACCCACGGAAGGCGGGGGUCAGUUUGGAUCGACGACCGGGCGCCAGCAGUGGGGUGGCGGAGGAGCUGGUGGUAGCAACUCGAUGCGAGUGCCGCCGCGCAGCCGCACUUCCAACAGCAGCACUCUGACAAGCCUGAGGGACGAGCCGGACCAGAUGCUGGCCAGUCCCAGCAUGGAGUCCACUGACUGGAGGCACUUCAUCCGCUCCGAGUCACAGAACUCGGUGCCGUCGUGGGCCUCCUCCAUUAGUCUGGACUGUCGGGCGGGGGAGGAGCCCGUCAAGGAGUUCAUGAAGCAUUUCACAGCCCUGCUCUUCGGCGGACCUACCAACGUCAUCAACCUGGAACUUAAGUCGGAGUUCGGGGUGCUGCUGCGUCUGGAAAUCGGCCGGCUGUGGUUCACCCGGUUCCUCACGGAACAGCGACACAAAUCUAAGAGACUCGACUCCGCCACUUUCGGCGGCCUGGCCCAGUACUUUGCCCUGGCACUGUUCGAGUGCGGGGAAUGCGAGGACUACGGCCCAGCGGGGGUGUUGAUGAACCUUUGCUUCCUCUUCUACCACGAGGUCGAGGUCCCUGGCUGCGAUCCUUACCGAGAGUACCUAUUCAUCUCGCUGCGCCAGCAACCCAUCUGGCAGCAGUCCCGCUUUUGGAACGCCAUCUUCCUAGAGAAUCUGCAGGCUGAGCGGGAGCACCGCAUAAGCGGUCAGCUAAGGCGCCAGCAGCGACGACAACAGAGGCAGCAGCAAAAGCAGGCCGCUGGAACAGGAGCUGGGGGAGGAGGAGGAGUCACGGAUAAAUCGCUAAGGAAACAGGAAGGCGACUCGUCGUCUAGCUCCUCGCACCAAGCGGUGCAAUCGGCGGCUCCGGCGGCCACUGGCUCCACUUCCGCUAAUCGGAGACAGAGCAGGACUAGCUUAGGGCAGCCCCAGACUGGCAAGGAGUUGGAGGACAUCGCAUUUCGACAGUUAGGGGCCUUAACAUGCAAUAUGCAUUCUCUGGGCACUUCCCAAGAUAUAUGCCUCGACUUUCUUAAAAAACACAUCGUGGCACUUAACCUGUCCAAAGAUAAAGCCAAACUUAUUAGAGACAAUAUAUAUCGCAUGUACCACGAGACACAACUUUGGGGUGCCCGACACGUCUGAGGAUGAACAGAGCAGUACCUAACGAAAACGAGUUUCAAUCUUCGUCUCAACUAAAGCUAAACUUUCGUCUUAAGUCAGCAGACAACUCCAAACUAAUCCUAACUAAACGAAGUAGAUCAAAGAAUUUUUAUCUGAAA